AUGGCCGGUCUCCUUGAUGUCUGGCGUCACAUUGGCGACACCAACGCUCGCGAUGUACUCCUCGAUAUGGCUGCGUGGGUAGACCUGCGCACUGGGAAACUCACAUAUGCUCAGAUGCAGAAUAUGAUGAGCACUGAGUUUGGUGGCAUGAAUGAGGUCAUGGCGGACAUUUUCCACCAAACUGGUGACCAACGAUGGCUCACUGUCGCUCAACGUUUCGACCACGCUGCCAUCUUUGAUCCUUUGGCCUCGAACAUUGAUGCUCUUAACGGAUUGCAUGCGAACACGCAGGUGCCCAAGUGGAUUGGUGCUUCGCGUGAGUACAAGGCGACUGGAACGAGUCGAUACCAGGAUAUCGCCCGCAACGCGUGGAACAUUACCGUCGCAGCGCAUUCAUACGCCAUCGGAGGAAACAGUCAAGCGGAGCACUUUCGACUUCCAAAUGCCAUUUCAACGAGGUUGGCCCAGGAUACUUGCGAGGCAUGCAACACGUAUAACAUGCUCAAAUUGACAAGAGAAUUAUGGUUGACGAACCCGAGUGCGACGACGUACUUUGACUUUUACGAGAGGGCACUACUCAAUCAUCUGCUAGGCCAGCAGGACCCAUCUGAUAACCAUGGACAUGUCACAUACUUUACACCUCUCAACCCUGGCGGCCGCCGUGGCGUUGGUCCUGCUUGGGGAGGUGGCACGUGGAGUACGGACUACGACUCUUUCUGGUGCUGCCAGGGGACUGGUCUGGAGACAAACACCAAGCUCAUGGACUCGAUUUAUUUCCAUGACGACUCAGCGCUUUACGUCAAUCUCUUUAUUCCAUCCGUUCUGCGAUGGACUGAACGAAGUGUACAAGUCACGCAGACGACUGACUUCCCCCGCGGCGACAGAACGACGUUGAAGAUUUCAGGCUCUGGUAAAUGGACUCUUCGUGUACGCAUUCCCGCAUGGACAUCAGAGGCCCAGAUCACUGUUAACGGAGAAGCCGUGCCAACGACUUCGGGCACAUAUGCAUCGAUUGACCGUACUUGGGCUGAUGGCGACGUGGUCGAAGUCAAGUUGCCGAUGAAGCUGCAAGUUGUGCCGGCUAAUGAUGACCCCAAGAUAGCGGCUCUGGCCUACGGUCCAGUGAUUUUGAGUGGAAACUAUGGUAGUGAAACUCUUUCGGCUAUCCCAAGUUUGGACUUGGCUUCGGUGAAGAGAAACAGCACUACCGAAUUGGUUUUCACUGCGACCGCAGGGGGGAAGACGGUGAACCUGAGUCCGUUCUAUGAUGCGCAUGGGUACAACUACAACGUCUACUGGUCGACCAGUGGCGCGCUCUCUGAAUGA